AUGAAGCUGAUAUGCUUAUAUCUGCAUUCAUAGCCUUAACUACAAUCAAUCCAAUAAUAUAGAUGUUAUCAUUUGCGGUAUUUUAAUAUCAUUUUUUUUAAGAUUUUUAACCUUUAAAAUAAAUGUCUUUCAUACUCUGUUAUUUGCAAUAUUGAACUUGUUAAAAACUUGAGAUUUUGUCUUGAUUUAUUUAUUUUUAGCCUUAAAGCCAUUUUUCGAAGAGGUAAUCAGAACUUUUAGUGCUGAAGGAUACUUAAAGUUCAAGAGCUAUGCUUCAAAAUUUUAAGGUAGUUUAGCUACUUCAGUAUUUGAAACAUUUUAAACGAAUCCUAAUGAUAUUUAAUCAAUAAAACAUUAGCCAUUUUCUGAGGCAGAAGAAAUUUUGAAGAAGUUUUGA